CUCUUUGCCAUUCGGUAACGAAGAAGAAAACCGGAAGACAACAACAACAACAACAGGAACUAUUUCUAGUGCAAGUUCUAUCUUUCCUAAUACUCGGUCUUCCCCGAGUUCUUUCAAUCGUCAUAUUAUACAUCAAUGCGUCAUGGAGGAUUAUGGUGAAAAUGAUAUUUUCCAGAAAAUGCUUAGUAUGAAUUUAGUGCCAAGAAAAAAUGGCACGUACGGAUACAACGACACAUCCCUUGGCGACUUUUCAGAGAUGUGGUAUGGCGUUUUUAUGUGGGCAGCAGUCUCCUCUAUGAUCUUCCACCUUCCUGCAACUCUGCUGGCAUUCGUUGCACUUCGGCAGCACAAAAUGGCCCGACUGAUGCCCAUCGCCAUCCUCUUAAUGGGCAUUGUUGGACCAGUGGGUGGAGGAGUCCUCACCAGUGCAGCCAUUGCAGGAGUUUACAAGGCAGCAGGGAAGAGGAUGAUGUCUCUGGAGGCGCUGGUGUUUGGUGUGGGACAGUCCUUCUUCAUCCUGCUCAUUUCCUUCCUCCGGGUGCUUGCCACCCUUUAGCAGCGCCGGAGCCGCUUGGCUGUGAUUGGAAUCCCACUUUUCUGCUGGUCGGGCAAUUUUAAGACCAAACAGGCCUCGGGUGUGAUCAUGUGAUCAUUACAUGCUGUGUGUGGAGUUUCUCCUGCUAAAACAUCACUGUAGAGCAAACUCACAUCCAAAAUGUAGGAUCUGGUCCUGCUUGCUUUGCCCUUUGAAGCAGCACAGAAGAAAAAAUAAGAAACUGGAAAGCGACGGCAUUGAGUGGACCUGGUGAGGCCCAACGGACUGAAGAGGAAAACAUGGCAUACGGAAGUUGGAAAGUCAUUCAAACAAUUCAACUUAGUUUGAGAUAUUGUUGCUUGCCAAGCUGCACUAGUCAGAGAAAUGGAAUCAAGUGACUUGGCUGGUGCUGUGUUGCUUUAUUGAUCUUAAUCCCUAUUUUUAUUCUAGGAGCCUACACCAGGAGUGUCCAAAGUGCUACCCAGGGUCCAAUUUCGGCCCACAGCUUGUUUUUUUUUAUCUACCCUCUGCGGCUCAAUAAAAUUAAAUGAAUUCAUUCUCGA